AUGCAAAUAAAUCAAGAAAAAAGUAUUAGUAACAAUAUACUUCAAGAUUUUGAAAUAUAUACUCAACAGCAUUUUAAUAAUAUUGAUCAAGUUGAACUUAAAGAAUUAGCAUUUAGUGUUAAUAAUAAUAUUAAGUUCAGAAUUACAUAUGGAAAAAAUAAUCAAGAAUUACAACAACUUGCAAUUAUUAAAGUAACAGAUAAAAAUCAGAUUUCUCAAAAAAUUUUUAUCUCUAAUUAUCAAAAAUUUGCUAAUAUAGAAGAUACUGAUACUGUUGAAUAUCUAAUAUGA